UCGCAGUUUUGCGACUGACAGACCUUACUUUCCUGAAACCGUUCAUAGAUUGAGCGGUACUGCAGUUUCGAGUGCUAAAAAUAUCUAUUUAGUUAUACAAUGAAAAGAGUGCGGAAUGGUAUUAUUUCUAUCAACAGCUGUUAAUACGAACACGCUUUCAUUCGAACAGGUCAGAAAACUCUCUUUUCCAAACAUUUGCUAAAGUAAACUUUAUCCAGUGUGAAAGGAAUAUGAUUGCUUAGUGUAAUUCAGAUUCUUGAGUUCCUUCUGGAGUAUGGAAAGCCCAAAUUUAGUAAUUAUGGAUACAGAAUUGAAAAGCAAAAGCCAUGGGAGUAGAAAAAAUAUUAAAAUUGGUUCAGAGGAUAAUAUUUCAAAUCAACAUCUCACAUUUUUAAAAUUCAUAUCAACUUUGCUGAUGAAUUCCUCCAUUUUACCAGUUUCCCGAAUAACUCACCGCCAAUCAAAACCCAGGAAAAUGUUUUGGAUGGUGACUUUGAUUGUCUGCAUCUUCAGUUGCUGCUAUGAAGCUUACAAAUUCUUUAAUGUAUAUCUACAGUACCCAGUGAUAAUUAGCGUCGAUGUACAAAAUAACACAAGUAUCGAUUUUCCGGCUGUAACAAUUUGUAAUUUGAAUCGAAUGAAAAGUUACCAUAAGGAUUGCGUAUUGGAAAAUCGUACCUGGAAAGAAUGCAGACAGAUUGCAUCCGUAACACGUACAUAUUUCACAUUGGUAUUAUCAGAAAGAGUAAAAUACAUGCUCAAUGUUCCAAAUGAAAAAGAGAAAAGUUACAUAAAUCAAGCAAAAACUUUCAUGAAUCAUUAUACAAACACUGAUGCCGACAGUCGAAGAUGUUAUGGUUAUAUGCUUAACGAACUCAUUCAGAAGUGUUCUUUCAAUUCUGUUCCGUGUAAAGAAAGUGAUUUCACGUUCUUCCAAAGUAUGCAGUACGGCAAUUGCUACACUUUUAACAAAGCGAGCAGAAGCAAUACUCCAUUGCGAAAUGUCUCUAAAGUAGGAUCAAAUAAUGGCCUAGAAUUAGAAUUAGACUUGAAUGUUUAUUCAUAUCUAGAUCUUACGCAGUCAGUAGGAGCACGAGUUGUGAUUCAUAGUCCAGACGAAGAUCCCAAUCCCGAAGAUGAUGGAAUAAACAUCAGUCCCGGAUUUGAAACCCAUAUAUCUAUGAUUAAGACUUCAGUGCAGAGACUUCCUGCUCCGUACAGAGACAAGUGCUUCAAUUAUAAAAAAGACAAUAGCGUCAAAAUGAGAGUAAGAAGUCAGUUAGAUUGCGUACGGCAAUGCAUACAGAACUUGAGUGCACUACUGUGUUCUUGCGUCGAUCCAUUCUUGCCUGCAUCUGUUACUUCCACACGAUGUGAUCUGAAGAAUGCAACGCAAAUGUUAUGUUUGGAUGAUGUCUUAUCUGCCAUUUCAAAUCAUCAAUUUUCUUGCGAUUGUCCCUUGCCAUGUAUUACGACAACCUACUCUUUAGAAACAUAUUCAUCUCUCUUGUUACCAGAUGCUUAUUCGUCAUUUCUCCCUCAGUUUGCGGCAGAUAAGCAGCAAAAAUGUAUUUAUGAUGAAAUUUUGUUUUUAAAUGAAUCGCUGAUGGUUGAUGAAAUUUAUCUGACAAAUUUCACUAAUCGCAGCUGGAUUUGGCAGGAUAACAAUACGGACUUUUACACCAGCUUUAAUGUUCCCGAUUUUUCGUCUUAUAAUUGGACAAAAUCUGAUGGCAGCAAUGUAUCAAGUAUGGAUUUUGAUAACUGGACAAUACCCGUUGUUAAUUCUGAUGAGAGAUAUUAUAUAAAUACAUCAGAUACGAAGCAGACUUCUGAAACUUUUGAAGACACUCGCACCAAAUCUAGAGUAAAGCUGCAAGUCUUUUAUAGAAGUUUGGAUCACACUGUGACAACUCAAGCAGCUAUGUUUGCCGAAAGCGAGAUUUUUGCUCACCUUGGGGGGCAUCUCGGAUUGUGGUUAGGAAUUUCUCUUCUAGCACUUUUCGAAUGUGCAGAAAAUUUGUUUUUAAUUUUGAUGUUUUUCGCAAAAAGACGAAAGAAUAAUGAGUGUUAUGCAGGGCAAGAAAUUUGUGUAAAGUGAAUUAAAUAGUAACUUUAAAAUGACAGUUUUCCUUCAAUAACUAGGAUUCAUUCGAGAUUGUUAACUUCAUUCCUAUGUACUAUAAGUCCUUGAUGCAUUUUUUAAAGCAAGAAGUUCUUAAAAAUUAAUAUUAUAAAAUAAGAAAUGAAAAAUUUGUACUUGGUUAGAGCCCUUUUGUGUUUCAGAUUUAUCUAUUAGCAAAGUAUCAUGAAUCUCAGUUUCUUCGUGAGUUUUGUAUUCAAAGUAUAACAGUAAUGUGGUAAUGUGGAUUUCAAUUUUGCUAUCGGAUAUGUUAUCUAAACUUAAGAUUUUACUUCUGUAUAUUAUAUUUUGAACAGAGUUCUGUAUAGACUAGAAGAGAAACACGCUAAUGUGACAAUCAAAAUCGUAAAAACAACCUUGUAUUUAGCGUAAGU